AUGCGUCUCGCGAGUGGAGAGGCUAUCGGAGAUCGCCAAGACUGCAGCGUCUGCGACGGUGGUGUGAGCUUCGCUUUUGCUUUGAGAUGCGAAUGCGAUGUGCGAAGGAGGAGGCUGAUGGGCGAGGACAUGCGUGCUGUCAACAGAAAGGCAGCCAGUGGACGCGAAGAAUGCCACACACCAAAGACUCCUGUUGGAAAAGAUACUCCUGCCUCUCGCAGCAUUAGAGUGCGGAGACCGGAGCCGGCAGCGGAAGAAUACACUCACGCGAGGCGUAUCUCAUACACUCCUUCCGCCGCAUGCCGAAGUCGGACCCGUUCACGAAAGAGGAUUCGAUGUCUGCCUUUGGAAGGUGACGGUCCGUCCACAAGAGGGCACCACCUCGUCGACCGACCGUUCCCUGAGAACAAGUCAUUCAGGCCACCAUUUCGUCGUCGUGCGAGUCGUCCCAGCAUAAUCAACACACCGAAGGUGGUGUCGAUACAAGAACAGUUUCUGACGACGACUGCCUGGCUUGUCGAAGACUUGGCCAAGGACCACGUCGGGUGUAUCCUGCACUUCUAG